GAAAAUAUAAUAUAACCUCGAAAUAUGAAUAUUGACGUUUGAGGAAAAUAUUAUUUUGUACAAUGAAUUUUCAGUAACUUCUAUUCGAGAGAAAAAAUGUGGCCUAUUUUACUUGAUAUGACAAGAGAAGAAUCCAUACAUAAUUUGAGAAAUUUGGAAUUGGAGGCUUACUCUUACUUGGUAUCAGCUUUGAGAGCGCAAGGCCCUCUGAGCUUAGAUAAAAAAAAUCUUUUGCGAGAUACAGGUAACAUUUUGAAUAUAACUCAAGAGAGACAUAAAGCAGAAAUAAGAAGAGCAAUAAACGACGAGAAAUUGAAUACAAUUGCAUAUCAUAUUACUGGUCGUAGUGAAUCCUUGGAUGAAUGGGCACAGGAGGGUCGAAGAUUGGUCCCACUUUUACCGAGAAUUGCCCCACAAACUGUAUUUGGUGCUGUAGCAGAUGAAGCUGCUGAAUCUGCAAAUCAGUCAAAUAAGCAAUUACCAUCACCAUCUAACACAGAAAGAAAAAGGCAUGCUGUUUCACAGAUACAGCCCAACAUGAUUUUGGAAACUACUAAAAAUAGUUCCUUCAGAAUUCCAGAUCCACCAAAAGCUGAUGAAUGUAAAAAGCGGAAAUUGAUGUCCAACAAUGAAAACAGUAGCCUAGCCCAACACCUUUUGGCUCCAAAAUUAUGUAGGAUUCAACAGCUAUAUAG